AUGGCUGAAAUCGACAAACCUCACAGAACGCUGCCUACUUACCAUCCCGGCUCCUCACAGAAGGACAUCGAGAAGGAACCGGAUUGGCAAAAAGUACCGCAUCAUCGUAUCGGAUAUCGGGAUAAGCAAGGCCGAGUUGCUGGUGUCUCACACCCGGACGGUGAUCUAGACAAGGACAAGGAAUUUCUCGAUCAUGCGAGGAAAUUGGCAGAUGAAUUGCGUCAGAGAAGGGAGAGGGGGGAGCUACUGACCGUUGUGGAUUUUAUGAAAGACCAGGAGGACUACCAUUUGCGGAUGCCCUCGAAACAUCCCUCUGGCUGGCGAUAUGUGCUCCAUACUACGGAAAGUUUCAUCAAAUACGAGCAAGAAUGGCUGGUCAAUAUCCAGAAACGGGAAAAGGAGAAACAGCAGAAGGAAGAGCAGGAGAAGAGACAGAAGGGAGACGAGAGUGCAAAGCAGGAAUAUGAAUGGAGAAGAGAGCGUGGUGAAAUAACGACCCAUCACGAGGCAUACAGUACGGAGCAUCCACCGGAAGAAGACGAGCAACGAGAUGAACAAGAGGAGAAAGAAAUCAAACAUGAAGAGAGAUCCAAAGAGAGAAAGUUGCAUGAAAAAUACUCGCCGCAAGAAUUGGCAUUUUUACGAGCAUUGAAACGCGAAAAUGAUUAUAUCCACGGACUCGAGAUUGAUUCCGGAAAGCGAAUCUCCCCAGUAGCCGAUGAGCCUGCUGUUACCACCAUUGACGAAGCCGAUCAGUUUACCCCGGACAAUUGGAUUCCACGAAAUCCAUCUCUCGUCCGCCUAACCGGAAAACAUCCACUGAAUGCGGAACCGGAUCUUACAACCCUGUUUGAAGCUGGCUUAAUCACGCCAAAUGGCUUACACUACGUUCGGAAUCAUUCCUCUGUUCCUCAUAUUUUAUGGGAGACACAUGAAAUAGACAUAAACAACGGCCAAAAGGUUCUUACAAUGGAUGAGCUUGCCAAAUUCGAUGCUAUCAACAUCCCCAUUGCAAUGGCCUGUGAUGGCAAUAGGAGGAAAGAGUUGAAUAUGAUCAGACGUUCCAAAGGCUUUGACUGGGGCGCCGGUGGUGUUAGUUGCGCGUUCUGGAAAGGCGCUCUGCUCCGGGAUGUUCUGGUUUCUGCAGGUGUCAAGUUGGCACCCUCCACCCACUCCCAUGCUCGCCUCUGGGUGAAUUUUGAAGGGGCUGACAACCCCAGUGAGGGCAAAUACUCGACAUGUAUCCCUCUAGAAUACGCGAUGGAUAUCACCAACGAUGUUAUUCUUGCAUACGAGAUGAACAAUAAGCCACUGCCUCCUGAUCAUGGAUAUCCUGUACGGAUAAUGAUUCCGGGGUACGUCGGUGGCAGGUGCAUCAAGUGGUUAUCGAGAAUUUGGAUAUCUGAGACGGAAAAUACGAGCUAUUAUCAUAUUUAUGAUAACCGAGUGCUUCCAAGUUUUGUUAUCGAGAAGGAUUCCGAAUUUGCAAGAACGAUGUUUCACCACCCGAGUACUGCCUGCAAUGAGCAGAAUUUGAAUUCAGUGAUUGUCAGGCCAGCCCAGAACGAGAAAAUUGAACUCCAAACUGUCAAGCGUGGGCAAAGAUAUAGAAUCCAGGGAUUGGCCUAUGAUGGUGGUGGAUGUGAAGUCCAGAGGGUUGAAGUCACCUUGGACGGCGGAGAAACUUGGCUCUAUUGCACUCGCAAGAAAAGCCAGUUUGGAACCUCAUGGGCACCCGGGUUGAACCAGGAGUUGGCAAAGGCGGAUGGGUUGAAGCAAUCCGCUGAGGUGCAAAUCGAAAGUAUUAAACACGAAGUAUCAGCACCACAGAAGCAAUUUACACGUGAGGAAAUAGAAAAGCAUAACACAGAGGGUGACUGUUGGAUCGUGAUCAACGGCAAAGUCUACGACGCUUCCAGUGUUCUAAGCUGGCAUCCCGGUGGCAAAGGUCCGAUAAUGGGGCAUGCUGGGAAGGUCCACGCGGACACGACCGAAGAAUUCGAAAGCAUUCACGAUGAUUAUGCUGAACAAAAGCUCAGUGAAUGCGUCAUCGGUGUCGUCACGGACAAGGCAAAGGCUUUUAUCAAUAAGCAAAAGGAGCAGGCGGCGAAAGAUGCCGCAGCUUCUUCAGAAACGCCCAAGGAUUUAGCUCUCGAUCGAAAGAGAUGGAUACCCGUUAAGCUGAUUAAGAAAACGCAUCUGUCUGAAGACACGCAGCGCUACAAAUUCGCACUGCCCACAGGAACAAAGAGCCUGGGCCUCCAUACUGGUGAACACAUUCAGAUUGGAUUCCAUUUCCUCGAUCGAAUGGUCACCCGUUCAUACACCCCAGUCAGGCCAAUUCUUGAAGAGGAGAAGGAUGGUACAUUUGACCUCGUUGUCAAAUCUUACUUUCCUAGCAAGGAUAUGCCAGGAGGAACAAUUAGUAAUAUUCUCCACGAGCUUCGCCUCGGUGAAGAAAUCGAAGUCAAAGGCCCCAUGGGCGAGAUCCGCUAUCUAGGGCAUGGCAAGUUCAAAGUUGACGGCAGAGAACUCCAAUUCCAGCACAUCUCGCUUGUCCUGGGUGGUUCUGCAAUAACUCCGGGCUGGCAGCUAAUCAAAGACAUUCUCAAAUCCAAAAACCCGCAUGAUAAUACCAAGAUCGCCCUUGUUGAUGCGAACAAGAUGGAAAGUGAUAUUUUAUUGAGAGAUGAGAUGCAAAAGCUCAUGGAGGAGCAUCCGGAUCAAUUCAGAAUCGACCAUAUCCUGUCACAUGCGGGAGACGAUUGGAAAGGCGAACGAGGGUUUGUGACUGAGGAUCAUUUGAAGAAGUAUUGCUAUCCUCCUGAAAAGGGGAACAUUGCUCUUAUUUGCGGUCCGCCGGCGAUGAUUGCAAAAGCGGUAUUGCCGGCGCUAAAGGAUUGGGGUUAUACGGAGGAGGAGAACCUUUUCGGUUUCUAG